AGAAGUUACUAGACUAUUAUUCAAUGUCAUCUUCAUGAUAAGCCUAAUAAUCAUCAGAGAGAUAAAAUUAUAUCUCUGCAUAAUGUUUUUAUGCACACUGGUGAAGAGCAGAUUUCUGUCAUUGGGUCCCAAUAAUACAAAUCUCUUUCUUAAUGAGAUAAUGAGAUCUCUACACAUUCUGCAUUGGCAGAAUGAAACUAUAAACACCCAUAACUAACAUUAUAUUCAAUCCCUCACAGAUCACGAUACUCCAAUGUUAUCGCAAGGGAGGAGCAGGUGACUACUACUAUUCCAUUCAGUCCAUGAUUGAGUACGAACGUGAAAAUAAUCUCCUCACAAGCAAGGAUCAGCAGUCUGGGGCGCGGACUUUGCUGCGUCUGCACAGAGCACUUGAGUUCAUCACUGGUUUCCUCUCAGAGCUCCACAAAGCUCCUGAUGAGAGUGGGCUGGGGAGUGUCACUUCAGAGGUUUACAGCCGCACCCUGGCCAAGUUCCAUGGGUGGGUGGUUGCUAAGACUGUCGGUGCAGUACUCCUGAUGAUGCCCACCAAACACACCAUUAUAGAAAGGGUAUCUCUGGCAAGUAAACAGGUAACAGGUGGCAUUGAAGCAGUGAGAGCCCACAAUGAAGCUCUCAUGCCCAAAGUGAUAGAGGUCAUGACAUCGGUGUAUAACUUAACGCAGAAGCUCUACGAGGAUUAUGAAAUUCUUGACUUGCCAUAGGAGUUGUGUUUGCUCUCAUGCAAGAAGGAGUAUGGACUUGUUUAUGGAACUGCCAUCUGAAAAAUAUUUUUAAAUUUUUUUGCUGCUAUUGAUGAAUGUGUGGAGAAUAUGGUAGGGGAGGCAAGAGUAAGAAGCAUUGGUAGUCUUUAACCCUACACUGACAGUGCCAGAAAUUUUGGUAUGGCAUUCAUUUCAGUGACUACUGGAACCUUCUAGCCUUAUCGAAAGGAUGAUUGCUGUUUACAGCUGGCCCUUCCCAUUCAUUUGCUAGAUCGGGUCAUGAUGUGUAUAUACUUACCCGUCAUGAAGGGUAGGUUUUCCAUGAAAGCUAUAGUUGUGCCCAUCAGUAAAGUGUUAAGGGAGCUCCUUGCUUGCAGAACUUUAAGAAUGAAUAUCUAUAAGGAGGAAUAAUUUCUCUCUCUCUCUCUCUCUCUUUCCCUUCCUCCCCUCCCAUCCCCUCCCCGCCCUCGCCCUCUCUUUUCCUCCCCCUCCCCCUUUUUUCCUCCUUCUCCCUCUCUUUUCCUUCCUCUCCCUCUCUCUGCCUUUCUCUCCUCUCCCUCCUCCCUCCCCCCUCCCUCUCUUUCCUGUUUUCUCCACUUUUUCUGUACUUUCAUCUUUCUUUUUUAUGCUAUUGAAUGGUAGAGGAAGUGUACUAAGAGGGGCUAGUGAGAUUUUAUGCUCUAUUUGAGGGAAUAUAAACCAUAUAAUGCAGUGGGAAAUACAUUUCACUUUACCUCACAUCAUAGAAUUCAGUUGUAAAAUGCGUUUUCAACAUCCUUAGAUUGUUAGAUCACUUCACAUACAUUUUUAAUUUUCAGUUUUCCACAAAAAAUUAAAUAUACAGGGGUUUGAUCUCUGCUACUGAGUUUCACAAAUCAAAUUUAACCCACUGAUAUGUAAUGGUAUUUGGCAUGGAUGUUAGUGCAUUCACAAGAAAAGCUGGAUUAUAGGAUUUUCAGUUUAAAAAAUCUCUGGCUCAUUUGUUUUUGUAUGGUUGUAAUUCAGUAUGUACCCUUUUUCUGCAUGCAGGCACAUGUACAGACAUAAAUACAUAUUUGUAUUGCCAUAUAGAUAUAAAAGAUGUGAUCUGCUCUCUUGUUGAAUAUAUAUAUUCUAGAUAGAUAUCUCUUUUUGGUAUGAUCAUUAUCGACAGUAGGCAUUGAAGGACACUAACUGACUUAUUUUUUAAUUGAGACUAUCAUUAAGGUAAGUAUAUAGAUAUAUCCUUAAGCUGUAGAGGGGCAAUAUAAACAGCUAUAUUUA